UUGGAGAUUCUGCAGCGAAUGCACCAGAAUCAUCAUGUCUGCUGUUCGUAGCAUAAAAAAGUCUCGUGCACCGCUGAGUUCUUGUUUGACAAGUGACUCUCAUAGUCAGCUGGAGUUUUUACCUGACAAACUAAGAGCCAAACUACUUCCUUUCCAGAAAGAUGGCAUCACUUUCGCCCUUGAAAGAAAUGGCAGGUGUAUGGUGGCUGAUGAAAUGGGUCUAGGAAAGACAAUCCAGGCAAUUGCCAUCACUUACUUUUAUAAGGAGGAGUGGCCUCUUUUGAUAGUGGUUCCUUCAUCUCUAAGAUACCCUUGGACAGAAGAAAUAGAGAAAUGGAUUCCAGAACUAGGCCCAGAAGAAAUUAAUGUUAUUCAGAAUAAAAACGAUGUUUGGCGUAUAUCGACCAGCAAAGUGACAGUUCUGGGCUAUGGUCUUUUAACUACAGAUGCAGAGACUUUGAUAGAUGUACUAAAUAACCAGAACUUUAAAGUAGUUAUAGUGGACGAAUCACACUACAUGAAGUCCAGAAAUGCAACCCGCAGCAAGAUUUUAUUGCCAUUAGUACAAAAAGCCAAACGUGCCAUUCUUCUUACAGGAACUCCAGCUUUGGGAAGACCUGAAGAGCUCUUCAUGCAGAUUGAAGCUCUCUUUCCACAAAAAUUUGGAAAAUGGACUGAUUAUGCCAAGAGAUACUGUAAUGCACAUGUCAGAUAUUUUGGUAAAAGGUCUCAGUGGGAUUGUCGAGGGGCAUCAAAUCUUAAUGAACUUCAUCAGCUAUUAAGCGACAUAAUGAUUAGAAGAUUAAAGACUGAAGUUUUAACCCAGCUGCCCCCCAAAAUCAGACAGCGUAUUCCAUUUGAUGUUCCAGCAGCAGCCGCUAAGGAGUUGAAUGCCAGUUUUGAAGAGUGGGAAAAAUUAAUGAGAGCUCCAAGUUCUGCUGCUGAGACUAUCAUGGGACUGAUUACACGAAUGUUUAAACAAACUGCUAUUGCCAAGGCAGGUGCUGUCAAAGAUUAUAUUAAGAUGAUGCUUCAGAACGAGUCCCUUAAAUUUCUCGUUUUUGCUCACCAUUUAAGCAUGCUGCAAGCUUGCACAGAAGCUGUCGUAGAAAACAAGACCCGUUACAUUAGGAUAGAUGGAAGUGUUCCUUCUUCAGAAAGAAUACAUCUGGUGAAUCAAUUUCAAAAGGAUCCUGAUACUCGUGUGGCUAUCCUAAGCAUUCAGGCUGCUGGUCAGGGUUUGACAUUUACUGCUGCAACUCAUGUUGUUUUUGCCGAGUUGUACUGGGACCCUGGACAUAUAAGACAAGCUGAGGACCGUGCUCAUCGAAUUGGACAGUGCAGUUCUGUGAAUAUUCACUACCUGAUUGCAAAUGGUACUUUAGACACCCUUAUGUGGGGAAUGUUGAAUCGCAAGACUCAGGUCACUGGGAGAACUUUGAAUGGGAGGAAGGAGCAAAUGCAGGCUCAGGAAGAUGAUAAGGAGAAAUGGGAUUUCCUGCAGUUUGCUGAAGCCUGGACUCCAAGUGAAAGUUCCGAAGAGUUCAGGAAUGAAAUUUUGUUCACUCAUUUUGAAAAAGACAAGCAGCAUGAUAUUCGGUCAUUCUUUUCACCAAAACCAAAGAAAGGACAAUUGGUGACUUCCUGCAGUGAAUCAAGUAUAUCCCAGGAGGAAAACACUGGAGCGCCAGCCGAUCCUGGCACAACAAGCACAAGAGAUUUUGUUGAUAGUGAAAGUAAUUUGGAACCUGAAGCUAAAAGAUUGAAAUCGGACCAACACUGCAGGCCCUCGGCAGGGAAACCAUCGAGACCUAAGCAAGACAAAGGUCCACUCCUGCCCCAGGAUCAGGAAGCUGAGGCCCAGACAGCUGCCCUUCCCCUUCCUAAAAUGGGCUGGCAAUGUGGAUUCUGCACCUAUAUCAAUAACUCAUUGUUACCUUAUUGUGAGAUGUGUGAGAAUCCUCAAGGCAGUACUGAUAGCUGCAACCAUACCCAGGAGAAAAAGAAAAGCAAGGUAGAUGAUUCUAAGAAUGACACUUCUGAAAAAGUUCAGCCUCAUUCUGAUUGUGAAAAACGAGCCCUUCCACAGUCAGAGCCUGAACCACUGCCUGAAAGCAAAGAAGAAACACCGACAACACCGGAACCGGGAGAUGGACUCACACCCGAGCCCAGUGCAAACGAAUCAAAGAGUUCUGAGGCUCUGCCUGUCUAUGACACCUUAAUGUUUUGUGCAAGUAAGAAUACUGACCGAAUUCACCUCUAUACUAAGGAUGGAAAACAGAUGAACUGUAAUUUCAUUCCUUUGGAUAUAAAAUUAGACCUCUGGGAAGAUUUACCAGCAAGUUUUCAGUUGAAACAAAAUCGCUCCCUGAUUUUGAGGUUUGUUCGAGAAUGGAAUAGUCUAACUGCUAUGAAGCAAAAAGUAAUCCGGAAAAGCGGACAGCUGUUCUGCAGCCCAUUUCUUGCUUGGGAAGCGAUCACAAAGCCACAGACCAAACCACACAGUACCAAAAGGUACAUAACCAAGGAAGAUGUUGCUGUGGCCUCAAUGGACAAAGUGAAGAAGGACGGGGGCUAUGUCCGUCUGAUCACAAAGGACUCAAGGUCACAGGACCCUUCUACAAAAGAAUGUCUUGAAGAUGGAGCCUGUGUCCCAUUUCUCAGUCCCUGUGCAGCCCAGGCAGAUCUCACUGUGACACCUCCCUCCAAAGGCUAUUUGCAAGCUGUGGAUAAUGAGGGGAAUCCACUCUGCCUUCGCUGUCAGCAACCCACUUGCCAAACUAAGCAGGACUGCAAAGUGAACCCUUGGGAUUCUCAGUUUUGCUCUCUGCAGUGUCAGGAGGAGUUCUGGAUUCGAUCUAAUAACAGUUACCUACGAGCCAAAGUCUUUGAAAUUGAACAUGGUGUGUGUCAGCUGUGUCAUCUGAAUGCACAAGAGCUCUUUCUACGAAUGAAAGAUGCCCCUAAAAGUCAAAGGAAGAAUCUCCUGGAUAUUACCUGGAUCUCAAAACUCCCAUUAGAACAGCUUAAUGAAAUGAUAAGGAACCCCGGGGAGGGGCAGUUCUGGCAGGUGGACCACAUUAAGCCAGUGUUCGGCGGAGGAGGGCAGUGCUCCCUGGACAACCUGCAAACUCUCUGCACCAUCUGCCACAGAGAGAGAACUGCCAAACAAGCCAAGGAAAGAAGCCAAAUGAGAAGACUAGCACCAAAGCAUGGAUCAGACAUCACACGGUUUUUGGUAAAAAAGUGAACUAUAAAAAUUCUGGGAAUGUGGUUCAGUGGUAAGGUUCAUAUGUUACAUACUGGAGACCUUGGUUGAGUCCCCAGCACCACAAAAAGAAUUUUUAAAAAGAAGACAACUGGUGUAUAUGUGGAAAACUUAACAGGGUAAAUUUUUUUAAAUAAAAGUCAAAGAUUUCUCUUCCCUCUCAGAUUAAAUGCCUUAUGUGUUUCAUAAUUUUUAUUAAGACCAGACAGAU